GAUCGAUGCGAUCCCCGUGACGGUCGUAUCGCUUUUGCAACAAGGAAACAGAGCAGUGCUACGAGGGAGAGUUCCUAUUGUAUUUUUUGGUAUUUUCUACACUUUCAAAAACACAACCCCAGCAACACAUCAUACUUUGGUCCUGUUUCACAGUGUGAAGUUCUGAUUAACUUGCAAUUCCAAGACAUGAUAUCAUCACCAUCAAAGUCGCAGCACAGUUUCUAUGUAUGGUCGGCUCUCGAGUCAUUCAGACAACUAUGCGCAUUGCCUCCGCAAAUACAGCCACACUUGAUGGCUCCUUAACGAUGCCAACAUAUUCACAGGUUUGAAAACAUAUAUAAAUCGUACUCACCAAACUCAGGCUACCUACUAAUAACCGCAGAACCACCACCACUAUGCAGAACUCAUCUACCACAUCACUACACUCCACAACCACCUUCUCAUCAACUGCGCCUCUUACAUCAUCCCAACCGCCAAAAGACUUCCAGUCUGCUUUCGAACAGCUCCAGUCAACCUACGGUGUAAAUGGUCAUACUCCAACUCCAAUCUUUACUUCUGCACAGAAGUGGCCAAAGUGGCUGCAGCGCAGAUCGUCGGCAAAACCAUCGCCUUCGCAAUUAAAACCCUUGCCCGUGACGGACCCUUCAUCGCCUUCCAAAAACUACGAGGGCGCAUUUGCCCAGCUGUCGUCAUCAUAUGGCUUUGGUGGAGGCCCAAAUAAUGCUUCCCGUAAGCUGUGACUCGGAUUUAUAGACGAAAAUGGAAUUUAUCAAAUAUCUCAACAAUGGUAGUAUCAUUGACAAGAUAUUCGACAUCAUGCUACUUGUUAUUGCUGAGGAUAAGGUCACUCAACGUGUACAGACCUCUUCGACUUCUCAUUGGCCGUAUUCUUGUCUAUUCCUCGCACCUUAAUCGAUUCACAGUGUCAAAAACAGUGGUUGUUGACUGAAAAAUUUACAAGAAGUCUAUCUUUCGCUGCUUCCAUGUUCUAUGAUGUUUUCUCCUUAGUGAUUUUUAUAUCAUACUUGCUGUCUAGAGAACAUAAUAGUUACCAUACAUUCUUGGCUGUUACCGUAGGAUGCUCUACCUGUCUAUGAUUAAUCCUAAUACAUUUUUGGUCUUCAAUGAGUCGCCUUGUCGGUGUUUUACAAAUACUAUAAUUAUAUGCAUACCUCCAAUUCGUAUUCUAAGUGUCGUUUUAUAUAUGAUACAGGUUACCAGC